AUGACCGAACAAAAGCCCAGCAGCGAGAUCGUCUGGCCCGCGCCCAAGGGCAUGACCGUGACCGAGGCGUCCUCGAAAUGCGGCGAGCAGGCACAGCUGUCCUGCUGCAACAAAGCCAGCAAGGGAGGCGACACGACCAACGUGCAUGAAGGGGGUGGGCAGCUGUCGGGUGUCUUGGGUGCUGGUUCUGCGUCUGAGGGCGGAUCGUUGUUUAGUGAGUGUUCGAAGUUGGAUGCGCAAGUAACCGUGCUGCUUCUGCUGGGCGUGCAGGAUGUGCUGGAUCAACAGUGUAAGCAGAAUGUUGCCUGUUGCCAAGGAAAUAAGGGUGAUGCUUCGGACAGUCUUAUCGGAGCUACGCUUUCGUGUGUUGGGCUGGGAUCGAUUCUUUAG